UUGCAUUUUAGUCGAGGCGAAGUGUCGAAAUGUCAUUAAAUUGGACCUUAAAAAUUUAAAAUUGUUAUUAAUUUAAUUAAAAUAUAUGUGUAAUUUGUUCUCAGAGAGUUUAGGCAUUUCUUUAGUUAACACAGCGGACAAGUGAAAUAGCAAACAAAACGCGACGUUCAAUAUGCAACAGACAACGCGUAAAAAUUUAGAAUAAAUUUUGCAAUAAUAAAAAUUAAAUCGUAUACAGUGAGGCCAACGAAGGCCAAGGAGUGCUGGUGGUGCUGCUGCCUCUGCUGUGCUUAAACGGUAUUCCCCGUUCCCCCUAUAUAUAUAUAUAAAUAUAUACAUAAAACCCGCCCUGGCCUGGCCUUGCCCAUUAAAUGAUCAGCAGCAGCAUGAGGCCACAGGAUGGUCAACAGGCAGCUGGGCUGCCGCGUCCCAAAUUGAAUGCAACUAGCACACUGCUCACCCAGGAGGAGAACGACGCCGUCUUCAAACUUCUUGGGAGAAAGUGUCAGACACUAAAUACGGCCGUUGUGCAGAUCUAUAAGACGGAGGGCAAUGCACAUUCGCACUGGAAAAAGAAGCACACGGGAGUUGUAUGCUUUGUUAAGGAUAGCGCCAUUCGAUCGUAUUUCCUGCGCGCCUAUUGUCUGAUCAAGAACGAGUUGAUCUGGGAACAUGAGCUUUAUGAUGGCAUGGAGAUUGUAAGAUCGCGUCCCUUUCUCUUGACCUUUGAGGGAAGUGAUGGACAUGUUGGACUUAAUUUCGUGUCCGAGGAAGAAUGUGAUUCAUUCUUUUGCAUUGUGGAUGCCACCAUUGCGACUCGCAAUCGCAAGCGAGAAGAGAAACGUCAACAUCGCCAGAAGAGUCAGCAGGCGCCUAAUGCUCCGACAGCGGCACUGCCACGUGAGCCAGUGCGUCCGAUGACGGGGGGGCAACAGGGUAGCAAUUCAAUUUCGGCCACCGAUGGUGGCUCAGUGCAGUUGCGCAACAAUCAGAUCAGUUCCGUAAAUCUGACACCGGCGCCAGCCAAGGGAUUCUUGUCGAAUAAUUUUGGCAACUUUAGCUCAUCAUCGGCGUCGGGGGCCAAGGAUAAGAAGCGCAAAGUUACCAAGGCCGACAUUAGCCAGCCCACGAAUUUUGUACAUGUUAGUCAUGUGGGUUGGGACGAGAAACAAGGAUUCGCUUUGACUGGUAAUGAUAGCGACGAGAUUCUAAACAGUUUCCUGGUCAAGGCGGGCGUGUCAGAGAGUCAACUCAAGGAUCGGGAGACAAGAGAAUUCAUCUAUGACUUUAUACAACACAAUAAUGUGUUGGCUUCGGUCACGCAGGAGGCGGAAAAAUCACCAACGGAAUCAACGCCACAUAUGCCGCCACCAGUGCCGAGUCGUCAUCAUCAUUCACAAAAUGGCAACCAAAGAAGUGCACCACCGCCACCACCACCACCAUUGAGAAAUCCGCCUCCACCAAUUCCCACAACUGUGCCGGGCGCAAAUCGACCUCCGCCACCACCCAGCAGGCCACCGCCUAUAAAUGUAGCGCCACCACCGCCCCCAGCACCAGUUAGUGCACCAGCUGCAGCGCCACCUCCACCGCCACCACCACCACCAGCGGCUUGUGCGCCACCGCCUCCGCCGAUGCCCGUUGGAGAAAUACCCAUUAUCACGACUACCCAUGCACCCAGUCAAGCGGCCAGAGCACCCAUUCAGCCGGCAAUGCCGGAUCCACGAAAUGCUCUCAUGGAUGCGAUUCGCAAGGGUACAACGCUUAAGAAAGUGGAUGCAGCUGCCCUUAGCACUGGUAGCGGAGACUCUCGCAGUGACCUCAUGUCUGAAAUACGUACGGGUAUCGAGCUGAAACCGGCAACUCAGCGGGAACUGGGUAAUCAGCGCGACAGCGGCAACGAGGGCACUGAUGCCCUGGCCAAUGCACUGCGACGUGCUUUGGCGGCACGCGGUAAUGCCAUACAUUCGGACGAUGAUGAGAGUGAAUCCUCCGACAAUGACGGCGAAUGGGAUGACUAAAAUGAGAGAGUUUCAAUUAUCUGUGUGUGUGGGGACGAAAUAAUAUACAUAUAUAUAUACACAUAUAUCUGUGGCAGACAACAAAUUAUUCCAAAUAUAAGCAAUAAUUUAUUCUUGUGCUUUGGCAUUUCGAUUUAUUCUCGACAUUCGAGAUAAGUCGCCUGUAAAUAAUGUUUAGUGAAUUUUUCAUCAUACCUCUUUAAUUUAAUCAACCCGGAAAACAAACAACAACAGACUAAAAAUCAUUCAUAAAAUUUAA